GAUGGGCCACUGGCUCAUACAGUAUGUAGACUUUAAUGUAACUUACCUAAUCUUCCGUUUGUCAUAACCGUACUAUGUUUUACUUGCAGUUUAAUCUGACGCAUCAUAUUCGCCAUCUUUCAUUUGGUCAUGAAUAUCCUGGCUUAAAGCAUCCUCUGGACAACACUUAUGUUGCAGCGGAAGAUGCCGGGAGUAUGUACCAAUACUUUGUAAAGAUUGUUCCAACAAUGUACAGAAAGUUAAAUGGCGAGGUGGUAAAAACGAAUCAAUUCUCGGUCACAAAGCACAAGAGGGUCAUCAGACAAGUGUCUGGUGAACACGGUCUGCCAGGUGUCUUUGUAUUGUAUGAAUUCUCUCCGAUGGUCGUGCAGUAUACAGAGAGUAGAAGAUCCUUCAUGCAUUUUCUCACUGGUGUUUGUGCAAUUGUCGGCGGUAUUUUUACAGUGGCUGGCCUCGUAGACUCCAUGAUUUAUCACUCCGCUCGAGCACUUCAGAAGAAAAUAGAUUUGGGGAAAGCGAGCUAACAGGGAGAGACGAACUUGCGUGACUGGCUGAUACAUAUCGCGUGACUUCGAGGUGUUCGGUUGCGUUACGCGACACUGGAAUGUUUAAAUGCCUUCUGGUACACCUUUAAAACUCAAGGCUGCGGGUUUUAGAAAGAUAACUUAAAAUACAAUUAUCAACCUAGGAACAGUUUUACAAGCAUACACACUUCGCAAUUCUUUCGCUGGUCCUUAAACUGGUCAUAUUUAUUCAUGACAAGACAGUUAUGAGAAUCAACAAAAUCGAUGAACAACGAAUCAUAUUGUAAGAGCGUUCAAUUUUUCUUCAACACGGCACUUCUGUGUUUUUUUUUUUUUGUUUUUUUUUCUUUUUUUGCUAAUGUAGCCGGCCUACGUGUGUGUUCUACUGUUUUAUUGUGGGAAAAUUAUUUUAGUAUAUCUAUGGUCCACUCCAAGAGCACUGGUAACUACUUGAACACAGGACAUAAAACUCGAUUUUCGGCACGCAUCGCCCCAAGAACUUUUUGGAACGGAAAGCGUUCGUCGAUAUCAAUAGAGCAGUGACAUUUUUCGCCGCUUGGAGCUGGCACGAGACUUUCAGGAACAUGUAUUUGAUUAAAUGUUUUCCCUUUGUAUUUGUUAAUAAAGGGUUCCUAAAACGGU